AUGAGGGAAGAGGUUAUCUCCAGGAAGUUAUGGGAAAGAGUGGGCUUUUAUGUGUUCGAACAGAUCUACUUACCGGCCGCACAAACAUCCGAUUCGGGUACAUUCAACACUCAGGUGGACAUCCGACUCAAACAAUGGGCGGACUUAACGCUUCCCCAUAAGUCGGUUGACGUUGGCUUCCAAACACUUCAGGAAGAGUUCAAUCGUCUGAUUGAUAAGAAUAGGUCAGACAAAUGUCACGACAAUAUAUUCGACUUCUUGAAGAUAUCAGUGGCCGAGGAAUCUAUUAAAAGGCAUACCUGGGAGUCAAAGGCUGCCGAAGUGUUGGCACAACUCAAUGAACUGAUUGGUCCCGGAUUUGUUGAUCGAUGGGUCAAAUGGAAGUCUAAAAGCGAUCACCAAAAUGUCAACUCCUAUAUUAAGUACGAAUUGGACAAAUUGCUGGCUCAGCACAACACUCAGUUGAGUUGUGAUGAUAUCGUACUGUUCUGGAGAAUACAGCGAAUGAUAGCAAUCACUGCAAACGCAUUGAGACAACAAGUGAUGAACACUGAGGGCCGAAGACUCGAAAAAGAAAUCAAAGAAGUUUUAGACGAUUACAGUCAGGACUCGGAGAAAAAGAUUAGUCUUUUGACCGGAAGGAGAGUCCAAUUGGCCGAAGAACUGAAACGAGUUCGACAAAUACAAGAGAAAUUGGAAGAAUUCAUUGCUUUACUCAAUGAAGAGAAAUAG